UCUGCGCUUCUUGAGCAGGGAUGACCGAAGCCUCCUGGCGUCCACCCUCCUUCUGCUCUUUGUCCGCUUUCUCCUCUGCCUCUGUGCUCAUACUUUCCCCCCCGCACCCCUCUGGCAUGCGAGGGUCAAGUCAGCAGGAUUUUCCCAUCCACCUCAAUCCUCUCUCCAACUGUGUUGUGAUGCUGUUCCUCAGUGCCACACUUGACCUGAAUGCUCCCCGGGCAAAACAAAGGGAUUAACAAUGAACUUUGCUCUCACCAGGAGACACAGCCUGCCCUUACACAGAAGACUGUGAGAUUUGAUCAGAGUCAACUGAGAUCUUCAUGAAAAUGAAAACUCCAAACCCUCUUGUCAUGGUUGGAUGCUACUAAACAUCAGACGACCAUGGAAGGAGAGAGCGUACUGAACUCUACUGUAAAUACCAGCACAAUGGAUAUCCACCUGGUCACCCACAGUCUCUGGGAGGUGAUCACCAUCGCGACUGUGUCGGCUAUAGUCAGCCUCAUCACCAUUGUGGGGAAUGUUCUGGUGAUGCUGUCCUUUAAGGUCAACAGCCAGCUGAAGACAGUGAAUAAUUACUACCUGCUGAGUCUGGCAGCUGCUGACCUCAUCAUCGGUGUGUUCUCCAUGAAUCUGUAUACGUCUUAUAUAUUGAUGGGCUACUGGGCCUUAGGGAACCUUGCCUGUGACCUGUGGUUAGCGUUGGACUAUGUAGCCAGUAACGCCUCAGUCAUGAAUCUGUUGGUGAUCAGCUUUGACAGAUAUUUUUCCAUCACCAGACCUCUGACCUACAGAGCCAAGCGGACUCCCAAACGUGCUGGGAUCAUGAUUGGUUUGGCCUGGCUGGUGUCGCUUAUUCUGUGGGCCCCACCUAUUCUCUGCUGGCAGUACUUUGUAGGAAAAAGGACUGUCCCUGAGCGGCAAUGCCAGAUCCAGUUUUUCUCCGAGCCUGUGAUAACCUUUGGGACAGCGAUUGCUGCCUUUUAUAUCCCAGUAUCAGUCAUGACAAUCCUAUACUGUCGAAUCUACAAGGAGACAGAGAAGAGGACCAAAGAUCUGGCAGAGCUGCAGGGGAUUAACUAUCCCACAGAGCCUGGGGUCCCCCAGCCUCAGAAGACCAUUAUCAGAUCCUGUUUUAGCUGUAAAUUAAGGUCGGCUUCACAUGACAGGAAUCAAGCCUCUUGGUCGUCCUCCAGCAGAAGCAAUGCGGCCAAAUCAGCAGCCACCACCAAUGAUGAGUGGUCCAAAGCUGGUCAGCUGACCACCUUCAACAGUUACGCCUCCUCCGAGGAUGAGGACAGGCCUGUGUCUCCAGGGGGCUUCCAGCCCUCCUUCAGGAACCAGGCUUGUGAGACCAUCAAGAGCGGAGUUGGCAGUGAGAGUGAGCAGCUCAGCAGCUACGAUGAAGACAGCUUCUUCCAGACGCCACCCAAAAGCAACUCUCAGAAGAGCAGCAAGUGUGUGUCCUACAAGUUCAAGCCGGUGGCCAAAGACACUCACGUGGAGCACCACAGCAAGAACGGAGACACCAAAAUGGCUUCGUCAACGUUCUCCUCGGCUGAGUCCAUGAGCGUCCCGUCCACCUCCUCCACAUCUAAGCCCAUAGACGCCACGCUGAAGAACCAGAUCACCAAGAGGAAGAGGAUGGUGCUGAUCAAGGAGAGGAAGGCAGCUCAGACUCUCAGCGCCAUCUUGCUUGCCUUCAUCCUAACAUGGACGCCUUAUAACAUCAUGGUACUUAUAUCCACCUUCUGCUCAGACUGCAUUCCCCUCUCACUGUGGCAUCUGGGAUACUGGCUGUGCUACGUCAACAGCACCGUCAACCCCAUGUGCUACGCCCUUUGUAACAAGACUUUCCAAAAGACCUUCCGUAUGCUCUUACUUUGCCAGUGGAAGAAGAAAAGGAUCGAGGAGAAACUUUACUGGUAUGGACAAAACCCUGUGGUCAGCUCCAAACUCACAUGAACUGUUAUUUUUUUAAGGUGGUGUAUGAUGGUGGCUGUAAAUUAUAUGUUUGUAUUGAUGAUCUUGGCUUCAUGAACUUGAAUUCUACACAUUAUUAAAGGUUAAAAAAAAUACUAUAUUAAGGAGCUGGUACAUUUUCUAAUGUUGCUCAUUAAUCAGUAGGCCUGCUGUAGUGUAUAUUAAUUACUGCUCAGACUUUGGAAACGAAAGAACAUUAUAAAAUUGUCCCAACAUAAUCAGCGACACUGUAAAUAGAUUCUAAAAUAUAUUUUAAAAAACAGUAUUCUCCCUAGAAAUUAAUGCUCUUAUGCAGGAUAUGACCCAGAUUAACACACAGAUGAUUUCAUUUUGUAGUGUAUCAGUAUUCAAGAUGCACAGUUUUAUAUCUGGAGCAUGAUAAAAUUGCUCCAUCCCAAUACUGUGCACUGGUUUAAAUUGCCAUUAUUCUCCCCCAAAAUGUCACAACACAUGCAGUUUGAUUCUGUGAGUAUUGUGUUUGUAUUGAGGAUGCACAUUUUGGAACUGCAAAUUUAUUUUAAAGGGCUAAUAUGUGUCGUCCUGAUGUCAGAACCUGCUUGCGAAGUCAAGAUUGUAACUUGAUGAUAAUGAAAGCCUUCUCACACGUGCCAUUGUCAUUUAGUCCAGUUCAGUCGCUAGAGAAAAUGUUGGCAUUGUAUGUUUUGGCAAGAUAUGUGACAUUUGUACAAUAUGAUGUAGCAGAUACGCCGAUAAUUUAUGUUUUCGUAAAUGUUUGGUUAGGUUCAGGCACAAAAAAUGAUUGGUUAUGGUUCAGAAAAGAUCGUGUUUUGGCUUGAAAUACCCAGUUUUGGUGCACAAUCCCAGCAGGAAAAGCAGCGAUGUUUUGGUAAAAAACAACUGCAUUUUGUGGCACUUUCCCUGCUGACAAGUCAAGAUGAAAUUCUCAUGUUUGGAGCCUAAAAAGAUGAUGGAAACAAAGGAAUGAUUUGCUAAAACACAACCAGUUUUGGGCUUUCUCUGGGUACUCCAGCUUCCUCCAACAGUCCAAAGACAUGCAGGUCAAUUGGUGACUCUAAAUUGAUUGUAGGUGUGAAUGUGAGCAUGAAUACUUGUCUGUCUCUGUGUGUCAGCCCUGUGAUAGUCUGGCGAUCUGUCCAGGGUGUACCUUGCCUCUUGCCCGAUGUCAGCUG